CACUGAGCAGAUGAGAUGGCACAACACAGAGUGGACCAAGCAGAAAUCUCUUGUUCAGUCUGUUUGUAUCUACUGAAGGAUCCGGUGACUAUUCCCUGUGGACACAGCUACUGCAUGAACUGUAUUAAAAGCUUCUGGGAUGAAGAGGAAAAGAAGAAAAUCUACAGCUGCCCUCAGUGCAGACAGACUUUCACACCGAGGCCUGUCCUGGUGAAAAACACCAUGUUAGCAGAUUUAGUGGAGGAGCUGAAGAAGACUGGACUCCAAGCUGCUCCUGCUGAUCACUGCUAUGCUGGACCUGAAGAUGUGGCCUGUGAUGUCUGCACUGGAAGAAAAAUGAAAGCCUUCAAGUCCUGUUUAGUCUGUCUGGCAUCUUACUGUGAGAAACACCUUCAGCCACAUUAUGAUUCACCUACAUUCAUGAAACACAAGCUGGUGGAGCCCUCCAAGAAGCUCCAGGAGAACAUCUGCUCUCGUCAUGAUGAGGUGAUGAAGAUGUUCUGCCGUACUGAUCAGCAGAGUAUCUGUUAUCUCUGCUCUGUGGAUGAACAUAAAGGCCACGACACAGUCUCAGCUGCAGCAGAAAGGACUGAGAGGCAGAGAGAGCUGGAGGUGAGUCGACAAAACAUCCAGCAGAGAAUCCAGGACAGAGAGAAAGAUGUGAAGCUGCUUCAACAGGAGGUGGAGGCCAUCAAUCAGUCUGCUGAUCAAACAGUGGAGCACAGUGAGAAGAUCUUCACUGAGCUGAUCCAUCUCAUCCAGAAAAGAAGCUCUGAUGUGAAGCAGCAGAUCAGAUCCCAGCAGGAAACUGAAGUGAGUCGAGUCAAAGAGCUUGAGGAGAAGCUGGAGCAGGAGAUCACUGAGCUGAAGAGGAAAGAUGCUGAGCUGAAGCAGCUCUCACACACAGAGGAUCACAUCCAGUUUCUACACAACUACCCCUCACUGUCAGCACUCAGUGAGUCUACAGACUCAUCCAGCAUCAAUAUCCGUCCUCUGAGCUACUUUGAGGAUGUGACAGCAGCUGUGUCAGAGGUCAGAGAUAAACUACAGGACAUUCUGAGAGAGGAAUGGACAAACAUCUCACUGACAGUCACUGAAGUGGAUGUUUUACUGUCAGAUCCACCAGAGCCAAAGACCAGAGCUGGAUUCUUAAAAUAUUCACGUGAAAUCACACUGGAUCCAAACACAGCAAACACAUAUCUGUUAUUAUCAGAGGGGAACAGAAAAGUAAGAGUAAAACCUAUACAUAUGUUUUUUUCUGAUCAUCCAGACAGAUUGUCUGAGAUGUGGCAGGUCCUGAGUAGAGAGAGUCUGACUGGACGUUGUUACUGGGAGGUGGAGUGGAGAGGGGGAGGAGUUAGUGUGGCAGUCGCAUACAAGAAUAUCAGCAGAGCAGGGAGUGAAUGUGGAUUUGGACAUAAUGACAAAUCUUGGUCAUUAGAUUGUAACAACAACAGUUAUACAUUUCGGUACAACAACAUCCAAACUCCUGUCUCAGGUCCUCGUUCCUCCAGAGUAGGAGUGUACCUGGAUCACAGAGCAGGUAUUUUGUCCUUCUACAGCGUCUCUGAAACCAUGACUCUCCUCCACAGAGUCCAGACCACAUUCACUCAGCCGCUCUAUGCUGGACUGAUGUUUUACUAUGCUGGACUGAAGCUUCACUAUAAAUAUGGACAAACUGCUGAGUUUAUUAAAGUGAAACAGUCACUGAGAGACGGUGAAACGGCACAGCACAUGAAUCAAAUGGACCAAAAAAAAUUCUGCUGUUCAGUCUGUUUGGAUCUACUGAAGGAUCCGGUGACUAUUCCCUGUGGACACAGCUACUGCAUGAACUGUAUUAAAAGCUUCUGGGAUGAAGAGGAAAAGAAGAAAAUCUACAGCUGCCCUCAGUGCAGACAGACUUUCACAGCGAGGCCUGUCCUGGUGAAAAACACCAUGUUAGCAGAUUUAGUGGAGGAGCUGAAGAAGACUGGACUCCAAGCUGCUCCUGCUGAUCACUGCUAUGCUGGACCUGAAGAUGUGGCCUGUGAUGUCUGCACUGGAAGAAAAAUGAAAGCCUUCAAGUCCUGUUUAGUCUGUCUGGCAUCUUACUGUGAGAAACACCUUCAGACUCAUUAUGAUUCACCUACAUUCAAGAAACACAAGCUGGUGGAGCCCUCCAAGAAGCUCCAGGAGAACAUCUGCUCUCGUCAUGAUGAGGUGAUGAAGAUGUUCUGUCGUACUGAUCAGCAGAGUAUCUGUUAUCUCUGCUCUGUGGAUGAACAUAAAGGACACGACACAGUCUCAGCUGCAGCAGAAAGGACUGAGAGGCAGAGAGAGCUGGAGGUGAGUCGACAAAACAUCCAGCAGAGAAUCCAGGACAGAGAGAAAGAUGUGAAGCUGCUUCAACAGGAGGUGGAGGCCAUCAAUCAGUCUGCUGAUCAAACAGUGGAGCACAGUGAGAAGAUCUUCACUGAGCUGAUCCAUCUCAUCCAGAAAAGAAGCUCUGAUGUGAAGCAGCAGAUCAGAUCCCAGCAGGAAACUGAAGUGAGUCGAGUCAAAGAGCUUGAGGAGAAGCUGGAGCAGGAGAUCACUGAGCUGAAAAGGAAAGAUGCUGAGCUGAAGCAGCUCUCACACACAGAGGAUCACAUCCAGUUUCUACACAACUACCCCUCACUGUCAGCACUCAGUGAGUCUACAGACUCAUCCAGCAUCAAUAUCCGUCCUCUGAGCUACUUUGAGGAUGUGACAGCAGCUGUGUCAGAGGUCAGAGAUAAACUACAGGACAUUCUGAGAGAGGAACGGACAAACAUCUCACUGACAGUCACUGAAGUGGAUGUUUUACUGUCAGAUCCACCAGAGCCAAAGACCAGAGCUGGAUUCUUAAAAUAUUCAUGUGAAAUCACACUGGAUCCAAACACAGCACACAAACAGCUGUUAUUAUCAGAGGGGAACAGAAAAGCAACACGGAUGAAUCAACAACAGUCUUAUUCUGAUCAUCCAGACAGAUUCACUGUAUGGCAUCAGGUUCUGAGUAGACAGAGUCUGACUGGAUGUUGUUACUGGGAGGUGGAGUGGAGAGGGGGAGGAGUUCAAGUAGCAGUCGCAUACAAGAAUAUCAGCAGAGCAGGGAGUGGGACUGAAUCUAAAUUUGGAUGUAAUGACAAAUCCUGGGCAUUAGAGUGUAACAACAGCAGUUAUACAUUUUGGUACAACAACAUUGAAACUCCUGUCUCAGGUCCUCGUUCCUCCAGAGUAGGAGUGUACCUGGAUCACAGAGCAGGUAUUUUGUCCUUCUACAGCGUCUCUGAAACCAUGACUCUCCUCCACAGAGUCCAGACCACAUUCACUCAGCCGCUCUAUGCUGGACUGUCUCUUUACACAGAUAUAUGGGGUAAUUUUAAAACAGAUGCUGAGUUGAUUAAAUUGAAAUAGACUGAAGUCUUUCAUAUUGUGGGUUUAAAUCUGUAUUUUAGUUUCAUUUUAUUUUCUCUCCAUCAUUUCUGCACAGAGAUCAGCUGUCAGUCAAACAUUAUGGGUGGUACCUCCACAUCUUCUAGUUGUUCUCUUGAUGUUUCUGAGUUUUUAAAGGAGAUCUUUCCUGUGACUGUUUAUGGAGGCUAUCACUGCUCAUCAUCAUUUUCAUUUACUAAAAUAUUUCUCCACAUGAAAAUGUAAACUUCUCUAUCCUCUAAAUGUUUCUGGAAUAUUUGUGUUGAAAAAUGUCGACAUUUCUCUUUAUGAGUAUGGCAGACCAUGUGUGUGUGUUUGUGUUUGUUUUUGUCAAAAUCAUCAAACAAAUGAGGAAAAACUGUGAUUUUAAUGAAUGAAUUCAUAUAUUGUGUUGAUGUUUUAUUGUGUGAAUAAACUGGAAGGUUUGACUAUAAAUCAAACUUUGAACAAAGU